AUGGCCGGCCACGGGAGGAUGCGGGCCACGGUUCCGAGUUCCCAAGUUUCGCAGCGCCUUUCUGGCGCAUGCUACGUUGCUCCCUGUCGCGACACCUCAUGCAAAAAGGCUCAUCGUCGGUCAGUCGCCAUGACACGGGGUCACGUUCAAAGUGGUGGAACGUGUUCGUGCCAUAAAAAUGCAAUUAGAACGUCGCUUAAUUUCCUCGAGCGAAAAAUGAUCAUUAGCCGCGUCAUCGCCAAAGUGGGUUAUGGAAAGGAAGCCGCGCUACGGGUGUCGACGCCGCCCCGCGUUGCAGUUGAGGUCAAGAGAGACGAGAUGCGCUCACACGUCACCGGCAUGCAUCCAAGGGUUUAA